AAUACGGAGGCUGGAAUGAAGCAAAAUCUCUGAUAAUAGCAAUAACUAAGAUUAAAGAAAAAUGUUGGGUGUUGCUAUAGUGGGUGCCUGUGAGCGAGAAGGUCUUCUCUUCCUCCGGUAGCCCAACCCUAAUCGCCUUCAAACAACGGCAGCGCUACCAGGUGAACCUGCCGCCGACUUAACCUCGAAUUAUAUAUUAUUGUCUCGGUCCUCUUUAUAUUAGGUUACGAGAUGAUUUUGUUUUUCAUUGAGAUCAAAGAUUUACGAUCGGCUGAGCACAUAAUUUACUGUUCAUGCUCGUUUGCUCCUUCUCCGCGGAUAAUCUUAACCCUUACUAAUUUAGCUGGUGCGUGUGAGCGAGAAGAUCCUCUUGUCCACCGAUAGCCCAACCCUAAUCGCCUUCAAACAACAGCAGCGCUACGAGGUGAGGUCUAAGGAGAAACAUGGUUUCCUCAACACUCCUCCUCGAGCAAGAAGACGAUUUCCCUUUCUCCUCUAGAAAGAGGCAGAAGAUUUCAGAUUUUCAUCACCAAGAACAACAAGAUGCAUAUAUCUCCAUUGGCAACUGUGAUGACGUCACAUUCAUGCCGAUGAACAACGCAGAAGAAUGCUCAUUCAAUGGUUCAAAUUCCCUACCAGAGAUGAGUUGCAAUUCUAAUGGAAACAGUGAUGGUAUUCCUGAGUUGUCUAUUACGGGCAGGGCUUCAUACCAGGGAAAUAGUUGUUCUGGCUGCUUACCACCUGCUUUUGUUAGUGGAUGGAUGUACCUUAAUGAAAAUGGACAAAUGUGUGGUCCUUAUAUCCACCAACAACUGUAUGAGGGCUUAUUGACGGGUUUUCUGCCUGAGGAUCUUCCUGUUUAUCCUAUUGUAAAUGGAGCAUUGAACAAUCCAGUUCCUCUCAAGUACUUCAAGCAGUUUCCUGACCAUGUUUCCACUGGUUUUACAUAUCUUUCUUCUGGUACUUCAGGCACAACUAUGCCAACAAAUUUUUCCACAGAUUUGGUGGCAUAUAGGCAAUGCAUUCAGGAUGCUACUUCAGUCUCUACUUAUCCAGUUGCAGAAUCGGUAUCUGAUUCUUGUGUUCAACACCAUACUUAUGGCUCCAACCAAUUAACCCCCAACCCUGAAGCAGCUGACUAUGCUACACCAGUUUCACUUGUUGUGUCAGGUGAGGAUUCCUGUUGGCUAUUCAAGGAUGAUGAAGGGAGGAGACAUGGGCCACAUUCUCUUCUGCAGCUUUAUUCUUGGUAUUGGUAUGGAUAUCUUAAGGAUUCUUUAAUGAUAUAUCAUGCUCAAAAUAAGUUUAGACCCCUUCCUUUGCUAUCUAUUAUGAAUGCUUGGAGAUCGGAUAAACCUGAAUCUUUCUCCAAGACUGAUGCAAACGCUGAAACUGGCUCAUCUCCGAGCUACAUGUCCGUAAUUUCUGAAGAAGUUUCCUGUCAACUGCACUCUGGAAUAUUGAAAGCUGCUCGUAGAGUUGUAUUAGAUGAGAUAAUCAGCAAUGUUAUUUCAGAUUUUGCUAAUACAAAGAGAACAGAGAGAUAUCAUAAACUUGAUAAUCAGGCUGCCAUAACUUUUUCUGCAAAUGGUAGAAUGUCUCAAUUUGCCAGUGAGAUGGAUUAUUCUAUUGCCAAGUGUGAGGCCGCUGUCUGCAAUUAUAACCCUGAUCAGGCAUGUGUUGAUGAGUUGUCCACGCAGUUACUCAGAAGUACAAAAUCUGUUGGAAACAUCGAUGAUUUUAGGGGGUCUUAUGCAGUUGUUUGUAGAUUUCUUUCUGAUUAUUGCAUGGAAGUCCUGUGGAAUGCGGUCUUUUAUGAUACCAUAGCAGAGUAUACAACUUCCUGGAGAAAGAGCAAACUUUGGUUCAUUCAUCCAUAUUUGUGCAAGAAGAUUGAAGAAUUACCCUGUAAACCUUAUUUUGCUCGUCAAGAAUCUCCUGCUAGUAGUGUUGACUGCCCUCCUGGUUUUGAGCUUCUCAAAACUGAAUCAUAUCAUACUGCACCAUCAUCUAUUGGAUCUUCAUGUGCCUGUAUGGAAGAAAAGCCAUGCAAACAGAAUAUCCUAUCGCUCAAAGAGUGUCCAGAUGAUGACAUGAAAUGCAUCUUAGAAAGUGUUGCAAAUGAGCUACAUAAGUCCACAAAGGUGUCUCUGGCUGAGUAUGUUGAAAUUCUUGUGGAAGAGGAAAUGAACAAAUUAGUUAAUUUUUCAGAGGAGAAGAGAUUAAAUGAGGAAACUGUUGACUUCUCUAUUCCAUUCAGCCAGGCAAGCGAGUAUGGUUCUAUCGAAAUGAAAUAUGAGCGGAUGAUUGAUUCCAACCAAAUUUCAGGCAAGAUCAAUUUUUCUGGUGAUUCUCAAAGGUCUCUACAAGCAGAAAAAUCAUUUUUUCCAUUUCAAUCUGGGAAUGCUAUAUCCAAUGUUCUGGCAAUUGCUUUUGAAAGAACACAUGCUUCUGUUGACAAUGCAUUUGAUGUUGAAAACAUCAAUGAGCCACCACCUCCUGGAUUCAAAGAUAGUGCUAUUUUCCCUCCCACUUUAAGUAAAUUCCAACCUUCAAAAUCACUUGCAUCGACUUCCAAGAAUGGAGCCCAUGUUGCCAUUGCAAUUUGCAAGCAGAAGCUGCAUGAUGAUGUACUUGGUAUUUGGAAAUCGUUGUUUGUCAAUGAUGUUCUUCAUCAAUUUCCUGGAUUAUGCUGUACUUCAAAAAAGCAUGCUGAGCCUGAUAGCAAUGAGGAAGGAGCAUUCAAAUUCACAGAAGGGUCAAGGAAAUUUCACAGUCCAGACUCUUCAGUGUUGUCAUUGGUUUCAAGUAAAUACACAUAUCACCGGAAGAAAAAGUUGGCAGGAAAGAAGUUGGGUUCAUCUUCUCAUUCUAUUAUUACAGAUGCUGGGUUGCAGAAAUGGCCCAUGGAGAAGUCAAGAAAGCAAAACUUUCUUAGAAAUGUCUCUGAGAAUGUAGUAGUUCCACCUGUAGGGUCUCCUAAGAAGAAGGAAAGAAUCAAGGGCCAGGCUGAAUCAUCUGUUUAUGGUAGGCCUUCAAAAGCCACUUUCGUUGAAUUACCUGUCAAUGCCAGGCCUUCAAAAGCCACUUUCGUUGAAUUACCUGUCAAUGCCAGGCCUUCAAAAGCCACUUUCGUUGAAUUACCUGUCAAUGCCAGGCCUUCAAAAGCCACUGUUAGAAGCACCGUAAAAAGGGUUCAAUCAUUGCCCGAAAAUGCUGGUCAUCAGAAAGUAAUGAAGAUUGCACAAGCAGUUAAUGAUGAUAAAGUUGCCCAAGAAGCCAUAAAAGCCUCAAGGGAGAGGGCUGGGAAAGUUUUUGAUUGCAAUGGCUGUGAUGUUGAAAUUGAAAAUGCAGAGACUACUGAAUGUUCUAAGAAGACUCUAAACACAAAGAAGUUGUCAAAGUCGAAAAGGAAAGGCACAGUAGCUGGUGGAUCUGUAUCACAUCCUAUGAAGUUUCUAAAAGUAGAAAACAAUGCUGUCAAGCAAGCAGCAAGUAGACAGGUUUCAGUACGGAAGGCAAAGUCCAGUAAAUCCAGGGCAUUAAAUCCCUGCCCUAUAACUGAUGGUUGUGCUCGAUCUUCAAUUAAUGGUUGGGAAUGGCAUUCAUGGUCACUUAGUGCUAGCCCUGCUGAAAGAGCUCGUGUUAGGGGAGUGCCACGCAUUCAUGCCAAGUAUUCAUUUCCCGAGGCGUACACAUCUCAGUUGUCAAAUGGCAAGGCCCUUUCUGCAAGGACAAACAGGGUGAAGCUUCGCAAUCUUCUUGCUGCUGCAGAAGGUGCUGAGCUUUUGAAAGCAACACAGUUGAAGGCAAGAAAAAAGCAUUUACGUUUCCAGCGAAGCAAAAUACAUGACUGGGGUCUUGUUGCUCUUGAGCCAAUUGAAGCUGAGGACUUUGUAAUUGAAUAUGUUGGUGAACUGAUUCGUCCACAAAUAUCUGAUAUACGUGAACGUCUUUAUGAGAAGAUGGGAAUUGGCAGCAGUUAUCUUUUUAGACUUGAUGAUGGUUAUGUGGUUGAUGCCACAAAGCGUGGUGGGAUUGCAAGAUUCAUAAACCAUUCUUGCGAGCCCAACUGCUACACCAAGGUUAUAAGCGUUGAAAGUCAGAAAAAAAUUUUCAUCUAUGCAAAACGCCAUAUAGCUGCUGGUGAAGAAAUUACUUACAAUUACAAAUUUCCUCUGGAGGAUAAAAAGAUACCUUGCAACUGUGGUUCUAGGAAGUGCCGGGGAUCAUUGAAUUAGGAAUUAUCCUGUGAUGCCAAUUAUUGCUGUAUUUUAGAGUUUUGUCUCACUUUGCAUGGUUGACAGAAUCAGUAUAUAGUUUUUUCUUGUAGUUUGAUGCUUUUGGAACAGCUGGGAUUGUUUUCUUGAGAUUUGAAACCCUUCACAAACUGUUGCUUGAAAGAUUUAUUUGGUGUUCUGAUGAGAUGAAUGGGGGUGCAGACUAGCAGCAGAGAACAUUAGCAUGGUUUAUCUUCCAUUUUUGUCUUGUGUGAGUUUAGCUUAUAGAUGUGAGGUUGAUAAGUGAAAAUUCAUGAAGGAAAUGUGAAAACAAGAAAAUGUGUUGGCAUUAAGGCACGAUGGCAUGUCCCCUGCUUCCAAAGCGCUAUUUGAGGAUGAAGUCUGGACUUUAGGACAAGCAAGGACUUUAGGACAAGCAACUGGAUGUAUGUGUACAUUUCCCGAUGGCUAAAGGAAAAAAUAAAAUGGCUGUGAAUCGUCGGUAUUGCUAAAAGCUGGAUGGUGUGAUUGUGGAGAUCUUUCUAUGUUGAAUUCCCCCCCUACUAGUCGAAGAUGAAUGAGUGACCUGUGCGUUCUUGUAGAUCUCUCUGCUGCAGAUGAGUUUCUCCUCUUAGAAACACCAAAUCAAUAAAUUGUUUCCGUACUUUACAUUUCUGGAGUAUCAAUUUGUUGUACAGACAUGCAUUAUUUUUUUUUUAUUAUUUCAAUACAAGUGAAAAUAUAAUAUAGAUGAUGAAUCUUGUGAAUAAAUUUAAUUUUUUCUUCUAUUGGUAACCUUAGUAGGUGAUGACUGCUUCAACAUGUUUUUUUUUUGCAAAAUUAAAUUAGAGAAACAGAAGAGUUUUUGGAGCUUGUGGUGCUUACGCCCAUUGAACCAAAUAUUUGACUACAGGAGGGACCUGGUCAUCAGUGGACUAGCUGUCAGUUGGUAAAAAAAAUUUCAAGGGCAUGGUUCUCAGCUUUGUUUCUGUCAUUUCAAUACUCAUGAGCAGCCAUUUUGAGGGCUGACAUGAAUCCUGCUGCAUGAUGGAACCAAUUUUAAGUUUCUUUUUGCCAUUUACUGAAUCCUAUCAGUCUUUGUGCCUUGACUAGCGAAGUUGUGAGAUAAAAACUGACGCCACCCUAGCAGUCUAGCUUUUAGAUUAUAAUUUCUAAAUAUUUCAAGUCACCGCCUUGAUGAGAGUUCAAUAAUUUUACCAGGUAAACGGAACAUCUAGGGUUGAAAGACGCUGAAACAAAGGGAACAAUUGUUCAGGAUUUAUUGGUCACAAUUUGAAGAUGUGGUUAAAAGUGGCGAUGCACCAUAAAGAGAUAAAAUGGGAAUGUCGAUGACCAAUGUCCCACGAUAAUUUGGUUGUUUAAUAUUGUAAUUUGAGCCCUUGGUACUGGUACAUGAUAGUUUCAUGCAACAGCUUUUCUUUGGUGUUGUGUGAGUGUUUGAUCGUUCAUCUUUUUCCUUGCAUUUCUUUUUGGCUGCAGGAGUGCAUCUGUUAGAGAUUCACUGUAGCUGCUGGGGUGGGGCGGAGGUUUCCUUGUGCCCCCUGGUAUGUGUCUGCUUCUCCUCUCCUAUGUAUAAAAGCUAACGCCAGUGGCCACCAUGUUGGUUUGUGCAGUUAUGGAAGUUACCAACCAAUGGCAAUUGCUAAUUUGAAAAAAAUUUAUAAGAUCAUGGUCAAACUUCAUGCAUG